AAGCGUGCCUACGUGACGCAGAAGCCAUUUUUACUCAAUGGUUCUAUUCGUGAGAAUAUCCUAUUCCAUUCUCCGCUGGACGAAGAGAGGUAUUUUGAGGUGCUGCAAAAGUGCUGUCUUCUUCCUGACUUGGAGAUGUUUCCGGACUACGACUACACCCUCGUGGGCGAGAGUGGUGUACAACUGUCCGGAGGCCAAAAAGCUCGCGUUGGCCUAGCAAGGGCUCUUUACAGCGACGCUGACAUUCUGUUUCUCGACGACGUUUUGUCCGCGGUAGAUGCUCACACGGGCAGGUUUUUGUUUGACCAUGUGAUUUGCGCACAAGCUUUGCAAUGCGGGAAAACGGUGAUAUUGAUCACACAUCAGUUGCAGUACUUGGCGAGACCAGAAAUAUCGCAGAUCUUCCUGGUUCAAGACAACCUGGUGCAACAGAGCAACUGGCAGAAGCUACAGCAGAAGGGAUUGCCGAGCUUUUUGAAACAGGUAUUUUGAAAGUUCUUUGUUAUCGGCUUUUUUUCACAGCUAAUGUUUAGAUGACACUCGACGAUCUUCAUCGAGAUGGUAUUCCCAAACCUCAUGCGCUUGCGCAAUACCGCUCAAAAGAUACAUGUUCAGGUGUCAACAUCAAGUAGCGGACUAAGAUCCGCAGACUCAUCAUCGACUUCACUCGAGAGCUUUCCUGAUCCCGACAAAGCAGGAGGAACAUUGGAAAGCGUCCCCUCUUCUUCGGAAAGCGAUCCAAGAAGUAGCAGUGAUGUGGUAGCGAGGAAAAGACAAAAGGGGGAUUCGAAAAGCAGUACAACAACAGGCCAGGAAGGAGAAGCCAACUCUUCGUACAUGAAAAAGCUAGCGGAGCGUGAGCUUGCCGAAAAUGCUCAGCGACAUAACGUCUACCUGUCAGAAUGCACGCAAGCAUUAGCGCAGAUUCUGCGGUCGAUGGAAGGACACAGAGUGUCCGAUCGGUUGAUUGGUCACGUUAGCAGUUUGCUGCUUGGUUCCGAAGAGGAAACAAGAUUUUCCGGGUCAAUACCAAUACAGGACCUGGGCGUGUACCUGAAAGCGUUUGGAACGUGGGUCACCAACUUCGCCUUGUUGGGCUUGCUGAUCCUCUCAGCAGUUUUUUCGGUACUCGCGAAUGUUUUUCUGACGUAUUGGGCAAACGAAAACAAGAAACAAGGACCAACUAUGAUGGCAGAUGUAGACGGUGCAGCAGGAGAAUCAUUUCCAUCUUCUUUCCCGAUGAUGUUCGCCGCCCUUGCGCCUGCCUCAGUCCAGACAGCGGCCGUGGUGCCACCAUCUAUGGGCACAGCUACUCUUGCUGGCUUACAAUUACAGUCGCAGCCGUUGUUACUGGCCGCUUCAACACACCAGGUGCCGUUCUUUGCUAGCAUGGACGAGAGUGACGCGAAAACAGCAGAAGCCACUACAUCAACCUGGUCGCAGUCGCAUUAUCUCCUGAUCUACAUUUUCAUCAAUUUUGCGGCUGCUUCUGCGGCAGCGGCACAGACUCUAGUGCUGACCAUCUGCUCUUUGCGUGCCUCAGUAGCCAUUCACGAACGAAUGCUCUCCAAUCUACUGAAAGCACCUCUGUCCUUUUUCGACGUAACCCCUACUGGUCGGAUUCUGAAUCGCUUUCUGCAAGAUAUGCAGAAUGUGGACAAUUUCGUCCCCACAGUGAUCAUCCAGCAGAUCCAGAACACGUUGAACAUGGCGACCCAACUAGUGCUCAUUUUCAUCUACUGUCCACUAGUCAUGUUUUUGUUUCCGGCACUAGUAAUUCCGUACGUCUACAUUUUUGGGCGGAUUCGUGGACCAGCUAGGGAUACGAGGCGGAUCGAAGCAGUGGCGCACUCGCCAGUCUAUUAAGGCUUCCACCCCUAAUCGUCCAUCCCUGUAGACAUCGAUCCCUCAGGGACGAACAGGAGAGACCUCUAAGGCUAUGCGGAAUUCGUCGAUUGUCUCAGUUUCCUUUUGCUCAACAGAAAGUUGUUUUUGCCUUGAAAGUUGUUUCCUUUUGCUCAUUUGAAAGUAUGCGGAAUUCGUCUUGAAAGUAGAACAGAGAAAAAGACCGUUGUUUCGACCGACGAUGUCCGCAACUCUAAGGCUAUGCGGAAUUCGUCGAUUGUCUCAAGGGACUGGACACUAUUCAGGCGAUGGCGAAAGAAUCUGCUUUUUGUGCUAGCAAUUUGAAGAAAGUAGAGCAAAUGGCGAAGGGCAAGUACUACAACGAGGCAGUUUGCAAGUGGGCGCAAUCUCUCACUACCAUUUGGGGUUGCGUCAUCUACCUCUUCACUGGUCUUAGCGGAUGUUGGUUUUUCUACUUCUAUCCAGGUUCAUCUUCUUCAGAUGGUCAUCAUACUACCGAAGUUAUCACCUCUGGUGACCUUGGACUCGUGCUCUUGUAUGCAGGCGUUUUGCAACGUGCCUGUAUGGAUUACUGCAUGGGGAUGACGACUCUGGAACAGAAUUUCGUCUCAGUGGAGAGAUGUUGCGAGUACUGCCGUUUACCAGUCGAACAAGGGCAGGUAGAAACGGGAAACUUACGGGUAGGUUAAAGGUGCUUUUCUUACCGCUUUUUAUGCCUCUCCUAAGGGAGAAAGGCACAACAAGCGGGGUAAGCGAGCACCAAAAACCUACCUCUAAGUAACGAAGUACUAGCAGGUGGAGACAAUGAAGCCGCCGGUGCCGUAGGUGUACUUCAGAUUAACGCUGCAGAUCUCAAAGAGCCUCGUGGAGAAGCAGUAGCAGAGAGAAGUCGUAGUCGUAGUGGUGAUCCUGCUAGUAGAAAAGAUGUCCCUGCUGCUCAUCUAGAUGAACUUUUGCCAGUAGUACUCUCCCGGAAUCGAAGCACUGGUAGUGCUACAUCUGGGGAUCCAUCACCGACAAUCGAUGCCAUGAUUCGCCGUACGUCGAAAGAGCUCGCUGUAUCGACAAAUCUGUCACUCGACGACGCCAUUGAGCGGGCUCGUGGUGAAGGAGCCGAAGAAGGACCACCCAUUGCUGUUGACGUCCGCAAUCUGAGUCUCAGAUACCGACUGCACAAAGCGCCAGUGCUGAGGAAUAUCAACUUUCAAGUGCAACGAGGGGAAAAAGUGGCUAUUAUCGGUCGCUCUGGGUCUGGGAAGUCCAGCUUGUUCAACGCCUUGUCAGGGCUCUAUCCGUGUCAGCCGGGUACGGAGUUGAGAAUCAGUGGCGUCAGUCUGGAUAUUCCAGCCAUACCCAGUUCUUCUCUUCUACCGACUGUGGCCACCGCUUCUUCGUCCUCGUCCUCUGCUUCUUCUAUUUCCAGGAGUAGUAGUAGUGUAAUCCGCAACCCUGUUUCUUGGCGUAAGAGCGGCCUUUUCAGAAUAGUCUCGCAAGAUAGUACCCUGAUCAGCGGCACAGUGCGGGAGAAUCUACUCAGUGGAGGCAAUGCGCAUGACGCUGCGGCUUUGUCAGCCUCUGGUGGAUCAUCUUCAAGUAGUACUAGCUCAUCGUCAAAGCGUUGUUGGGACGCUCUCACCCUUGUGGGCCUCGACGACAGAGUUCGACAACUACCUGAACAACUAGACGAACCCAUGUCCGCUGCUGGAGAAAACUUCUCUGUGGGAGAACGACAACUUUUCGCUGUUGCUAGGGCAUUGGUGGAGGAAGAGCAAGAGAGGAGACAAACAUCGAAUUCUCAUACUCCUACUUCUCAUACUCCUAGUACUUUCAAUAAAAACAGGAUGAACAAAGCUGCUUCAUCAUCAUCAUCACAUCAAUAUCAUCGACAACAUCAUCGCGUCUUAUUCGCAGAUGAGGCUACCGCAAACAUCGACCUACUUAGUGAUGAGAGGAUUCAUGACGUGAUUUUGAAUAAAGUCGGUGAAUCUACUACGGUGCUGUGGAUCAUGCAUCGACUGCAUUUCGUGAUGCGCUUUGACAAGAUCCUUAUCUUCGAGCAAGGCGACCUAGUCGAAGCAGGUACGCCAGCAGCGCUACAGGCCGAUCCAGACAGUCGUUUGGUGAGACUGUUGAGGGAGGCGGAGCUGUGAGCUAGGACACUGAGGACAUCCGCCUAGUGACUGUACUUAUACAGAAGUAUGAUCGAGUCGUGGUAUAGUUUCACAAUUUUUUCUUUUGAUUUUCGAGCUUCCGUUUGUUGAGAAUACAGCUUUCGUCAGAGAAGAGUCCAACAGCACUCUCAUCUUGGUUACUGUCACUAGUCUAGCAAAUGUACGCGUGGAGAGGCACGGCUUGUUUUCUGCUUCUUGUUUCUUGAAAAAUGUACUAGGCUGCGCUGAAAAAUGUACUAGGUCAACAGUUGCUUUCACAAAUAUUACUAUCGCAACAAAAUGAAAGAAGAGCAAGAAGACUCCUCGUUUUUUGAGUUUUUGAUGAAAUCCGAAGAAGUAAGGGGGAUGAUCUCUCCCGUCUUCGAGACGUUGACGCUAAGACUAGGACUAGGAGUUGUAAGUAGAGUUAGCAGCGAACCAUUUUGAGGAGGUAAAACAU